AUGGAAGGGCUCGGCGACGCGUGCUCGCUCGCCUCGAGCGAUUCCGGGGCCGCCAGGGGGAGCGACGAGGUGGACACCGAGGCGCUGCUCGAGGCCUGCUCGCAGGGCGACCUCCGCGUGGCCGAAGAGCUCUGCGGCAGGGGCGCCGACCCCCUCGCCGCGAACGGCGAGGGGGUCACCCCGCUGCUGGCCGCGGCCUUCGGUGGGCACGCGCCCGUCGUGCGGAUGCUCUGCGGGCGCGGCGCCGACGUGGACCAGGCAGACCCUGAGGGCUGGACGCCAGUGUACGCGGCGGCAUUCGGGGGCCACGAGGCCGUCGUCCGUGCCCUCUUGCAG